AUGCUGUCACGAGCUGCGCGCCCGGCCUUCAAGGCUGGUAUGGCCGCCGCCGCCGCCCGGCCUGCCACCCUUACUGCCUCCAAUGUCGCCGGCUAUGCCACCCUGCGUGAAAUCGAGGGCCGUCUCAAGUCGAUUCGCAACAUCGAGAAGAUCACCAAGACCAUGAAGGUUGUCGCUUCCACCAAGCUCACCCGCGCCCAGAGGGCCAUGACCGAGUCCCGCAAGUACGGCCAGACGUCCAACACCGUGUUCGAGAGCGCCGAGACCAAGCCAAUUGAGGGCGAGGGCAAGAAGAGCUUGAUCAUCGUCUGCAGUUCAGACAAGGGUCUCUGCGGUGGUAUCCACUCUGGAAUGUCGAGGAAGGUCAGGGCCAUGCUCGCUCAGGCUCCUGAGACCGACCUGGCUGUCAUUGGCGAGAAGUGCAAGGCGCAAUUGGGUCGUUCCAACGGAAAGAACAUGGUUCUGUCCUUCGCUGGUGCCGGAAAGGACGUCCCUACCUUUGCCGACUCCCUCCACAUUGCCGACCAGAUCUCCAUGCUGCCCACCGACUACGCCUCCGUUCAGAUCGUCUACAACAAAUUCAUCAACGCUUCGAGUUACGAGGCCACUAUCCAGCAGGCUUUCUCUGAGGAGGCCAUUGCUGCGUCCGCAAACUUUGCUGCUUUCGAGAUUGAGGAUGAGGUCCUUCCCAACCUCCGUGAGUACGCUCUUGCCAACUCGCUCUUCUGGGCGCUGGCCGAGGGUCACGCUUGCGAGCAGUCUGCGCGUCAAAACGCCAUGGACAAUGCCUCCAAGAACGCUGGAGAGAUGAUCAACAAGUUCCAGAUUCUCUACAACCGAACUCGUCAAGCUGUCAUCACUGGCGAACUUGUCGAGAUUAUUACCGGUGCGGCCGCUUCCGAGGGUUAAGCGCUCUAGGAGCAUUAGACUUGAUAUCCCGAGCAUCCGGUGCCAUCUCCCUCACGGGCUGUGUAGAAUAAGCAUCUGUUCAGUUCAUAGCUCUUUUGUAUUAGCCAGUUCAGGGAGAC